AUGCUAGCAACCGCCCGCUGGCCGAUUGCAACCUUCAGUAGUGAUCAGCAGCAGCACCGGCGCAGCCAAGCCAGCCCUAUUAGCCGCCCGCCCCCAAGUACCUGCCCCAGCACCUGCCCCAGCACCUGCCCCAGCACCUGCCCCAGCACCUGCCCCAGCACCUGCCCCAGCACCUGCCCCAGCACCUGCCCGCUAUCGCCCGUCCCCCUGCUGACGCUCCGGGAGCAGUGCCCCUCUCAGCCUUCUUAA